AUGUCGUUUUCUCCAGACAUCUUCAAAAAGAAGUUGGACUCUCUUCAGGAAACUCAGGACCUGAUUGUGUCGAUUUCACAAUGGGUGUUGUUCCAUCACCGCAGGGUGAAAGAGUUAUGUGAGUUGUGGAGCGGGUAUACUUUGCUGGACAAUCCCAAGUUGACCUCGAAGAAGAAGCUCUCGUUGUUGUACUUGUGCAACGACGUUGUGCAGCAGGCUCGUCAUAAGCGGAAACCCGAGUUUCUGGUGGAGUUCGCCAAGUCCUUGCCACAAGUGCUCAACAAGGUGUACCCUUCGCUUGACGACCCUAUUAAACCAAAGAUCGACAGGCUCAUAGGCGUUUGGGAACAGAGAGGCAUAUUUGGCGCUAGUGAUAUACGGAAGAUGCGUAAAGCUGUCGAUUUGCUGAAGUCUGGUAGACGCCUAAAUGAUGAUGGUGCUGCCGCUACCGCUGACCCUUCUCCUGUGGCACGAGCACAGCUCUCUGGGCCAAAGCUUAAUAGCGAGUUGCUUCACUUGAAUAAUCUCUACAAUCAUAUGUCGCAGUUGGCCGAGGUGUGUAACUCUAACUUGACGCAGAUUGGUACUCAGUCGAAGCAGUACUUGCCUAAUGACCAUGCCGAUCAAGAUGCUCUCCCGCUGCCGAAAAUAUACAUCUCCAAGCUUAAUGUAUUCGAGAAGCUCUGUGAUGUCACGUCACAGAACUUGAAAGACAUCAAGACCGCCCGUCGAGAUAUCUUGACGUCCUUGGCGAGUCUCCAGCGAGUUAUCGAAGAAGGUUUGACCACAGACGAGUCAAAGGAGAAAAUCAUCCAGGACAGAUUGGAGAAACUGCGUUCCACAAGGUCAUCUUUACAAGAGAUGCUAGAUGAAGAAGCUGCUCAAGAACCUCUGGGCGCCAAAAUUGAAGCCGAAGAAGAAGAGUCUCCUGCUUUUGAUUCGGGUUCUCCUCCACCAACUGCUAAAGAUGAUGAUGCAUUGCCCACUUACGAGAACUCAGAUAGCGAUGAUGACGAUGAUGAUGCCCCACCGGUGAAGAGAAGGAAAGCGUCCGACUCGUCCACUUCUUCAAGUGCUUCGGGAAAGAAAAGUGUGGCGUUCUCGGAAGACAUACAAAUCAAGGAGUACGACAGAGAGGAAGAGACUGAUGUCAUUAAGAUUGCCAAAAGUGACACGGAAUCUGAUGAUGACGACACCAACUUUGAACCAUCGCUCCCAGAGGACCUCGAGGAGUUUGAGGCGCAUCACAAGGAUGACUUGGAACUUCGCAAAGCUCACCACGGAGAUCAUCAAUUGUCUUCAACAGAUAGCAACGGCACGGGUGAAGGCUCUACAGGUAACGACAAUGAUGAUCAGAAGUCAGGCUUACUCAGCUUACUUUCCAAGCUUUCAUGA